CACUCCUCGCUAUCUUCGCGCCUCACCAGCCCCUGUGUCGCACUACCUGCCUUGCGAGCGAGCGGCGCCGAGCGUUCCCCAGUAAGUUCUGCGCCUGGCGUAUUACCGCGGUGGGGCAGUCUACACACCUCUAAGACGUCUGCCUUCUCCGUUCUAGCUUCGCUUCACCACUUGGUCAAGUCCUACCGUCAUGGACUCUGCACGACCCGCCGCGCUUUCCAGACACAUGAGCAUGUACCUCCCAUCUUCUACCACCAUGACGCCCAUCCAUGCACCCUCGCCAGCCUUCCCGCCACAACCUACGAACCGUAGGCACAGCAGCAUGAACCCUCGACGGCCCUUGCGCUCAUCGCCGCUCGCUGGUCCCGCCUUGUCGAGCGAGGGCGCUGUCGAUGACGACAACGAUACCGAAACCAUCAGAGCGCGUCCCUCUCGCAUCUCGUCCACUCCUGAGUUCUCCCAACGCGCCCCUUCACUCCUCUACCCGCCAUCGCGUCGGGAAAGCAUGCGCACGCCCUUCAAUACAAAUGUCUCCGACAUCCCGCCCGUCCCUCCUCUGCCACCAAAUCUCACUCAGGCCCCGCCAAGCCCUUCACCGACACCACCCUCGCGUCGUGCCUCGAUCCUGUCGGUGAAAUCGCUGAUUCGCAAGAAAUCCAGAGUUUCUGUGCUGUCGCCAGCCGCACCUUCCCCGUCUUCCUCGGUCCCCAAGCCCUACGCCAUGCCGGCGACGCCGUCCGCCCCUGACCCUCGCGCUAGCAAGAAUAGCAAUUUAGGCGUUGGUCGGCUCAGGACACGCAGCGCGACGAGCUUGCCCGACCAAGUUCGCCCGCGCGGACCGGAUCGACGGCUGGGGAGCGAGGCCGAUGUCACCGCACCUCGCCCGCGGACGGCCACCCGCGCCCCGCAGGAUUCGAGCUGGCUCACGCAGAACACGUAUGCGGAGACGCCCCGAUUUACGCGCCUGGGCCUGGGCAGCGGUGUCGUGAUGCCCGUCCCGGCGAAGAAGGCGCGCCGCGUGUCGCGCGCACCGUCGUCGACGAGCAUGCGCGAGGAGGGCAAUGGCGGACGUCAGAGCCCGACACAGUCCAGGCCGAGCCUCUCGCUCACGCGCAGCAACUCGUCCUCGCGCGAGUCUAUGCUGUCGAUACUCUCUGAGCCGCCGCAGAUCCACAGCUCGGCGACGAGCAUCGCGAGCAACGGCAGUAUUGGGAGCAUCGGGUCGGAAUGUGCACCGAUCCGUGAGGAGGCGGAGGAUGCGGACACGGAUGCGGAUGACGAGGGGAUCGUCAUUGGGCGGCGGCCCGAGGCGCGGCGCGAGAACUCAAAUGCGACGGCGCGGCUUGAGCAGCAGAAGGAGGACGAACGGCGCCGAUGGAACAGCAUAAAGAGCGUGAAGUCGUUGGGUCGUUCGCGGAAGACAUCGGAUGCACCUCAGCGGCGGCUCAGCAUUUUGUCUACCUUCGGCUCGGACGAUACCCAUGGCGGCAUGGUCAAGCCUGUAUCCCUUGGCAAGACUACCGGCGGGCCUCUGGCGGCAGCUGCGGUCAAGAUGGAGGUGACCUUGCAGACAUCCCCGCCUACGGCCUCUGGGAAGGCGGGGGCACCGCAGCACAAGCAGACCGAACCAACCAAACCCAAGACGACGAUACGCAGGCUAAUGCGGAGGCUAUCGACUGUUGGACGACGCCAGGCGACGCUAUAGACGCUGAAACGAUACACUUAGACUCGAGGCACUCUCCUUGCACCGAAGCCAAACAAUGUUCUUCUCAUAAUUAUGCGCGCGCAACGAACUCUGUACUACCAUUGCGAAUACUUCA